CUCUAAUUUUAAUUUUUCCACUUAAUCUCAAGAUUCCAAUUCAAUCAAUUCUCCUCACCACCAUUUCGUCGGCUAUCUGGGGAUCACUUACUCUACUGUUUUACGAUGGAUUCUCCGGUGGCUCUCCGGCGUACAACGUUGAUUCCCGGCAGUCUCCGAAACCUUAAUCCCUCCAAACCCUCGCUGUCGUUCAUCGUCAAGUCAACGUCACGGGCAGCGAGCUCAUCGAGCAAGAGCUACUCUAAGUCCUUUGCUUUAGUGGGGCCGCCGAAAUACCUGGCUCGGACUCUCUGGUUGAACGGGAACGGGAACGGAAACGGAAACGGAAACAGAGCUUCGUCUAGUGAUGUUCCGUCAACCGCCGACGGUGCCGCCGGUGUGCGUGAGCCGAGCUGGGUGGAGUUCGUGACGUCGGAGAGAGUCAAAGUUGUGGCUAUGGUGGGCUUGGCUUUAGCUCUGUGUAACGCCGAUCGAGUUGUCAUGUCGGUGGCCAUUGUUCCGCUGUCGGUCUCCCGGGCGUGGCGUCAAUCUUUCGCCGGCGUUGUUCAGUCGUCUUUUCUCUGGGGUUACCUAAUAUCACCAAUAGCCGGAGGGACUCUAGCAGAUUAUUUUGGUGGCAAAGUAGUCAUGGCUUGGGGCGUGGCUCUGUGGUCUUUAGCCACGUUCCUAACCCCGUGGGCUGCAGAAGUUUCGAUAUGGAUGCUCCUUCUCAUGCGGAUGUUGCUAGGCAUUGCUGAAGGCGUGGCUUUGCCCUGCAUGAACAAUAUGAUUGCAAGAUGGUUUCCUCAGACAGAACGCUCGAGGGCUGUCGGGCUUGCAAUGGCUGGAUUUCAACUCGGGAGUGCAAUUGGACUCACGCUUUCCCCAAUUCUUAUGUCCAAGGGCGGGAUAUUUGGACCAUUUGUCAUAUUCGGAUUGUGCGGGUUCCUUUGGGUGCUAGUUUGGGUGUCUGCAGUCUCCAGCACACCUGAGCGGAGUCAUCAAAUCUCGUUACACGAAUUGCAGUACAUACAGAACAAGGGACCGAGACAUGCUGUUGACAGUAAAACGAAAACAGGCAAAGUGAUUCCCCCUUUCAGGCGUUUGCUCUCUAAGCCACCAACGUGGUCUUUAAUCGUUGCAAACGCCAUGCAUAGCUGGGGCUUCUUUGUUAUACUUUCAUGGAUGCCAAUCUACUUCAAAACCAUAUACCAUGUUGAUCUCAGACAGGCGGCAUGGUUUAGCGCUGUCCCAUGGAGCGUGAUGGCGUUGAUGGGCUAUUUUGCUGGCGUUUUAUCAGACUUGAUGAUCCAAAGUGGCAUAAGUGUUACACUUACCCGCAAAGUCAUGCAAUCAAUUGGUUUCUUUGGUCCUUGCACUGCUCUUGUUGGUUUAACCACUGCUCCAACUCCAGUAAUAGCAUCUGCUUGGCUGACUUUAGCUGUUGGGUUGAAGGCCUUCAGUCAUUGCGGCUUCCUCGUUAACUUUCAGGAGAUCGCCCCCAAGUAUUCAGGCGUUCUACACGGUAUAUCGAACACAGGAGGGACAUUAGCAGCCAUCAUUGGGACUGUUGGUGCUGGCUUCUUUGUGGAGUUGGUUGGCUCUUUCAAGGGAUUUUUGCUGCUCACAGCAUUUCUGUACUUCUCUGCUGCUGUCUUCUACAAUGUCUUUUCCACAGGGGAGAAAGUGGACUUUGAUGAAACCACUUAGAUUCUAGGAUGUUUAAUUUUAUCUCUUGUCCACCCCCAUGGCUUCCAUACAAAUCAUGGGAAGAAGAUGUUAAUUUCCCAGAAAAAACAUGUGGGAAUCAAUGUCUGUCACUCUGUCAAGGAGUAAUCUUUAUCAACUUUUCAAAUAAAGAUUUUCGCUUUUGGGCAUCGUCA